CAGGUAAUCCUUUACAACAUUUUAUUACUCCUACUUCACUAUUCACCUACUUAAUCCCUUUUAAUACCCUUAGUAACCUAUCGGAAUAUCUAUCUCCCCCGCACAUUUUCCGUCAUUAUCGCAUAAAAAAGGAGCCAUGGCAGAAUUACGUAAAUCAUCAAAUCCCACAUCCCCUCAAUACAUGAGACGAAAGUCUUCUUCGACCACCACCACUACUACUACGCAUAAAAUGACCUCGCCACGUCCCGAACCGACUAUGAUAAAAAGAAGAAACUCAUCAUUUGCAAACACGUCUUCACCUUGGUUUAGACGGAAUUCAUUCUUAUCUCCAACCAUGAUACAAAAUGAGAAUUUUAGUGUGUAUGAGUCACCAAGUUAUUUUUCGGAUAGUGCUAGUUUUAGUAUUAUCUCAUUAAGAGAAUGUCAAGGGUUCAUCUUUAACCAAGAUUUGUUUGCUACUCCUUAUCAGCAACUGCGUUCGUUGGCAAAUGAACGGAAAUUUAGAAACAGCUUUUCCACUACUAGUAAUACUAGUACAACAUCAAAACGCGACACGUCAAUGACAAACUGUUCAUCAGUGGAGUCACUACUGCAAAGAAGACAUACAAGUUAUCAUGCACCAAGACCUCCCGUGUUUAGCUAUGGUGGUAACCUAGAUAGUAGUGCCAUUAUAGACGAUUCUAUGGAAGAUGAUAAUGAUAAUGAUAACGAAUCAAUACCGCAGGCGGAGGAUUAUGAUGACGAGGAUAAUGAUCUGGAAAUUACAACCACCGAAGAAUAUGAAGAAUAUGAAGAAUAUGAAGAAAUGAAUGGGUAUGGAGGAGAUUCGACUAAUAGAAGGUAUAGAGUGCGAGUUACUGACAUCAUAAUUAAUGAACAAGAUCGGGAUAUAUUUCCAAGCUAGAUUUGCGCGUCUGUUAUCCCACUCGGCAUUUGGUUAGUUCUAACUGGUUUGAUAUAUUGUGCUUUAGGUAGACUUCUCUUAUCUAUUGGAAUGUAAUGGUAACGUAUUUUUAACAAGUUCUUAC